AUGAAGAACCAGAUCCCAUGGUCGACGGUUGGGAUGGUGGCCGCGUGGUACAGCUCCAACAUCGGUGUCCUGCUUCUCAACAAGUACUUGCUCAGCAACUACGGGUUCAAGUACCCGGUUUUUCUCACCCUCUGCCACAUGACCGCCUGCUCGCUGCUCAGCUACGUUGCCAUUGUUUGCAUGAAGGUGGUGCCCAUGCAGACCAUCAAGUCCGGCGCACAGUUCCUCAAAAUCGCCGGCCUCAGCGUCGUGUUCUGCUUCUCCAUCGUCUGCGGGAACGUGUCGUUGAGGUACCUUCCAGUGUCGUUUAACCAGGCCAUCGGGGCCACCACGCCCUUCUUCACCGCCGUCUUGGCCUACGUCAUGACAAGCAAGAAGGAGGCUUGGGUUACUUACUUGACUCUCCUGCCUGUUGUUGCAGGGGUCAUCAUUGCAAGUGGGGGUGAACCAAGUUUCCAUCUGUUUGGGUUUAUCAUGUGUGUUUCUGCUACAGCUGCAAGGGCAUUAAAGUCAGUGCUUCAGGAUAUCUUGCUGUCCUCAGAUGGAGAAAAGCUUAACUCUAUGAACCUGCUGCUGUACAUGGCACCAAUAGCUGUGGUUUUCUUACUUCCAGCAGCUCUGUUGAUGGAGAAAAAUGUGGUUGAUAUCACAGUAGCCCUUGCCAAAAAAGAUAUCAAAAUAGUCUGGUAUUUGCUCUUCAAUUCGUCGCUAGCAUAUUUUGUGAACUUGACCAAUUUCUUGGUCACCAAACACACCAGUGCUUUGACCCUCCAGGUUUUGGGGAAUGCAAAAGGAGCCGUCGCUGUGGUUGUCUCAAUUUUGAUAUUCAAAAACCCAAUCUCGGUUAUUGGGAUGGCAGGCUAUGGGCUUACAGUGGUUGGGGUUGUAAUGUACAGUGAAGCCAAGAAGAAGGGCAGAUGAAACUUGUUUUGUUUAUGGGUUCUUCAUGCAAAUGCAAUCAAAAUCUAUCUUCUCCAACUUUGUGUGCAGUGCAGAGCCAGCAUCAAGGCUUGCAGAACCACCAUGGCUUGGUCUCUUGCUUAAGGCUGAUGCCCAUAUUGUGCCUGCAUAAUUUCUAACCCUAUGGAAGCUUGGGAGAUCAGGAGUUUCCAUGAUUAUAGUUCUAUCACCAACCACAAACUUGUCAGAUUGCCACCAGGGGUGGAACCAGGAUUUUUGGAGUAGG